AUGAAUAGUACGAAAGCACGCGAUCGCUCAUCAUUUACCAGCAUGGCCUCUUGGGUUGAGCAACUCGUACGGAAUAAGCUAGAUCGCGCCGACUCAAACAAGAAACAUAAUGGGGCAAAAAGUCUUCUGGACGGUAACCCCAACGACGACAAUCAAGCUCAAGGCGUUACGAACGAGGGCCCCGUAUCUAGCACGCAAGACGUCGAAAAGACCUCAGAAGCAAGCGAUGAAGCUAGCGAACGCGCGGCUUUUCCAGAAAGUUCGAGCCACGAUGAGGAAGCAACGGGCUUCAAUCAAAGUCUGGCGCCCCACAUAGUUCCAGCAAUUCCAGCAGCUGCGCAAUUUUCAGACCCUCAUCCAGAUUUUUCGCCCCAGAACUUCUUCACAUCUUUAACAUAUCCCCCCAUCGCUUUCCCCGAACCAAUGUUCUCGCGAAUUAUCUUCCUCGUUCGGCCUCCAGGAGACUACAACCGAUCUGCCGGACGCAUCAUGGGUCUUGCUGAGGCGCAGGACUUUGUGAACUUUCGUGCUGGCACGCUCGAAAGACUCGAGGCUAUUGGUGAAAGCAUCGGCUCAAAGAGGUUGGUUGCUAAGCUGGAAUGGCUGCCUGUACCGGUUCUGAUGCAGAAUAGUCAUGACCAUCACUUCUUGCUUGAGGCGAUAAAGACAUGGUCAGAGUGGAAGAGACCAAGUUUGUGCGUCGUCUAUAUCAGUCUUGAAGACGAGGCUUAA